AUGGCCAUGAACUGGCAUGUCUAUCAAACAGUGCUUGCUCUACUAUGGCAUAUGGGGAAUCCCCAAGAAACACUCUUUGACAACAAUGAACAGUUCAGGUUGCCUGGAGACUACGUCAUUGGUGGACUCUUCUCCUUACACUCCAGAGCUGUAAAUCUUGACUCCCGAACAAAGCCGGAGUUCAUUACCUGUGACAGCUUCUAUCCCUCUGGUUACCGCUACUUCUUGACAAUGAUCUUUGCCAUUGAUGAAAUAAACCAGGCCACAGACCUUCUUCCAGGGGUUCAACUUGGAUAUGAGGUCUAUGACUCUUGCAUGGAGAUGUUAGGUACAGUGCCACCAAGCCUUCGCUUUGUGUCCAAGGGAGACAGCAAUGGUGUUGCUGUGCAGUGUGAUUACAUGAACUACCAGCCUCGUGUUAUAGCAGUUGUGGGACCAACCACUUCAGAGGAGACCAUACCCAUUGCCCGACUCCUGGGACAUUUCCACAUUCCACAGAUUGGCUAUUCAGCAUCCAGUGAGGCCCUAACUAACCGCCAGCGAUUUCCCACCUUUUUCCGCAUGAUUCCAAGUGACAAUGUUCAGACAGAAGCCAUAUUGCAACUUCUGCACCAACUUGGUUGGAAUUGGGUAUCACUGCUCUGCACAGAUGAUGAGUACGGUCGAGGAGGUUGCACAAAGUUCAUCAACCUAGCAGAACAACACAGCAUCUGCAUUUCACACUGGCAGCUGCUGCCUCAGAGGGUGGAGGCCAAGAGUAACGCUCAGCUGGGACAGAUCCUGUCUACUCUAAAGUCAGUCCAGUCCAACAGCACCGUGCUCUUCGCCAAUGACUUGUAUGCCACCGCCCUGUUGCAGGAGGCUGUGAGCCAGGGCUACGGAUCAGGGAAGGUGUGGAUCGGCAGCGAGGGCUGGACGGCCUCCCGCAGGGUGGCGGAUAUUCCUAAUGUUGGCAAAGCCGGUGGUGUGUUGGGUCUGGCUCUGCAGAAAGGGCGAAUGCCUGGGUUUGAGCCCUUCCUGGAGAAGUGGCUGAAACGGAUGUCCAGCAGGCCACGGCAGGAGUGCCAGGCAGGUGGUGAUCUUAGUCAGGGAGUUUGCUUCCCCAAUUGUGCAGAGUGCUAUAGCUUCACCCUUCAGAACUACAGCUAUCUACUUGGGGGUACCCAGAGACGCACUUCAUUUGCCACAUACGCCAGCGUAUAUGUCAUUGCUCAUGCCUUGCACUCCCUGCUGCAGUGCAACCAGAGUGGCUGCCUGAAGAGCAAGGUGUGCACUCAAAAGCUUGUAGAGGAGCUGUGGAAAGUGAACUUUACACUGGAAACAUCUCCCAUCAGCUUCAACAGCAAAGGAGAUCCUCCAAGUAUCUAUGAGAUUGUUAACUGGCAAUGGCAUCAGGGUGGGACCCCCAGCAUAGUAACUGUAGGAAAGUACAUCAAUGGAAAGCUAAGCCUUGACCUCCCUAAUGUUUACUGGAACACACCCGAUAACAGGCCACCCGGGUCAAACUGCUCCAGUCAAUGUGAAGAUGGCCAAGUGAAAAGGGGAAGCGGUUGCUGUAGCAAGUGUGAUGACUGUCCAGCAGGAACCUUCAGCAAUAUAAGUGAUGAUUCCAACAUAUGCAGCCCUUGCCCCCUUGAACAAUGGUCAUAUCCUCGCAGCAGCAACUGCCGGGAUCGCAUUGUUGAGAUGCGCAGCUGGACAAACUUCUCCACCAUAUUUUUACUGUUCUUCUCCAUAUUGGCUAUGGUUGUGUUGCUGUCUGUGGCUUUAGUCUUCGUCUGUCAACAUCAGAGCCAUAUGGUUCAUGAGGCUGGAGGUGCCUCUUGUUUUCUUAUGCUUCUUUCCAUUUUCAGCAGCUGCACAAGCCUCCCCUUCUUUCUUGGACCACCUUCCCCCAGUACCUGCCUUGCGCGCCAGCCUCUCUUCUCGGCAGGGUUCACUGUCUGCAUUGCUGCUAUGCUGGCGUGGCCCCUGAGGCCUCCUCACUCAUCCACCUUGUGUUGCCAAGUUAGCCUACAGAGCUGCACAGGCCGCAUUCUUGUCUUUACCAUAUCCCUGUUGCCACAGGUGGUGAACUUUUUCCUGUGGUUGUGGCUAAACCCACCUGCAGUUAUUCCUAACUAUGACAUCUUGGACAACCUGGUGUUGCUGGAGUGCUUUGAGGGAUCCAAUAUCUUUUUUGGUUUCUCUAUAUGCUACAAUUGCAUACUUGCUGCUCUAGCUUUGGCACUGACAGUAGGCCGGCUGGAUCUUUGGUCCUACAACACUGGAAGGCAGGCCACUUUUUCUCUGAGUGUCUUCAUUAUCUCUUGGAUUUUUUUCUUACCUACUUAUGCCACAUCUAAGGGUCUCAAUGUUCCUUGCAUUCAAGUCUUCUCUGGUCUAGUUUGUAUCUACAGCAUCCAAGGCUCAUACUUCCUGCCCAAGUGUCGCCUCCUACUCUUCAAACCUAACAUUGGUACUAAUGGGUUUCUGCCACGUGCCAGCCUGGAUCAGCCUGGCUCUAUCAGAACUGUGGACUCCCAAUAGAAUUAAUGGUCAAGACCUCACACAUCCUUUUCAUUUAGCUGCCUUGAUAUCUUUUAAAUGUUUAUUUUCUGAGCUUAAGAUUGUGCCUUGACAUGUUUUCUCCUGAAUACCUACAAAUAACCCAAAUGCUUCUUCACUAUCCAUCUACUUUGAAAUUCCCGGAUUUCAAUUUUAGUUUUGGUAGCUUCAAGAGUGUUAGCUCACAUCCAUACGAACAUUUAACAAUAA